ACAAAGCCACUUCAGCUUCCUUUCAGCAUGUGAGAUGAAAGGAUUCCGAGUCUGAGGUUUGAGGGAGGAUGUAUGAUAUUUAUCUAUCAUACAAACAUCUCUCAGAAAUCACCAGAACAAUAACGCUGCCCUUUUGAGAUUCACUAAUAUGGUACAUUCAUACAAACUGCAGUUAGCAUAGUUGGUUGAUCUAAAAAAUAUAUUUCAUUUUAUACUAGAGAUUGUGGUUGUCUGCCGUGAUCAGUUAGUGAGUUAUGAUCAUCAUUGUGCUCUACAGGAUCAUCAAGAAUUCAGCAAAGACCUGAACCUGGUCUGAUCUGUUCUGGCCAGUUUGUGACUGCGGCACAACAUGACUGAGGACAUUUACAACUACACCGAUUACUAUGAAGACCAGUUGUGUCGCAAAGAGGAGGUGGUAAAGGUUGGAUCUAUUGUCAUUCCAUUCUUUUUCACAGCACUGGUUGUAUUGAGCUGCAUCGGCAACAUCUUCGUUCUGGUUUUCAUUGCACUCUGCAAAAAGUUCAGGUGCCUGACCAAAGUCUUCAUCCUCAAUUUAGCUGUGUCAGAUCUGCUGUUCACUAUUGGACUUCCAUUCUGGGCCUCGUACUAUGUCUGGGGUUGGACAUUUGGAGAUGCUGGCUGUAAAGCUGUGAAGUUUCUCUUCUAUUUGGGCUUUUACAGCAGCGUGUUUUUCUUGACUCUAAUGACCGUUCAGCGUUACAUGGCAGUGGUUCAUCCUCUGUCCGACUGGGAGAGAUCCAGAGGCCUUUCUUUAUCUCCUUAUAUCGUUUGGAUCCUGAGUUUAACGGUUGCACUGCUCGGUUCACUUCAAAGUGAAGUCAUGAUAGAAUCUGGCAGCCUAUACUGUGAAUAUGGCAGCAUUAAAUGGAAAACCGGCAUUGCUUAUUUUCAAAAUGCUUUUUUCUUCAUUGGAUUUGUGAUCAUGGGUUACUGCUGUGGCAGAAUGCUUCGGACGAUCUCAAAAUCACGGACUAAGAAGAAACACAAGGUUAGACUAAUAUUUUUUAUCGUGCUGGUGUUUUUUAUCGGUUGGGCUCCAUAUAACAUUGUCAUGUUCUUAAAAUCUUUGACAAUCCAUCCAUUCACAGACUGUGAAGUAAGCAUAAGACUUGACUAUGCAUAUUAUUCUUGUCGAAUGUUAGCUUUCUCCCACUGUUGCAUAAACCCAGUGAUUUUUGUUUUUGCAGAUGCAAAGUUUUUUAAGAAUUUCAAGGAGGUUUUGUUUUGUGUAAAGUAUGAAUAAAUAUACAUUUUUAUUUUUGUUACAAACAAUAUAAUAGGAACUUUUUUUUUAAUAAUUCAUAUUUUUGUGUGAAUUAUUAAUUAAAAAAUUUGUAAGAUAACAAUGAAGAUUGAAGUAUCUGUUUGCACAUGGGGUCAACAUAUUAAACUAAAUACAAAGAACACCUGAAAACAAAAAUGUUCAGUGCUAUAUAUCUGUUUAAAAGCAUGUUCUAAUUUGAAUGCACAAGAGUAACAAGGCAAUAUUUCAAGGAAAAUAUGUUUUGAAUGAAGUGUUGUAAACUUCUCGGAUACUCCCACCUAAAAUUACUGUAAAAUAAACCAUGACAACUGUUAGCGAAAAUGCAGAUUAUGCAGUUUUGUUUUUAUGCAGUGAAAUAUGUCAAAUGUAACCAUGACCGGAAGUUGACUGCUUUUCUUUCACGUGACAAAGUGUAAAUUGUGGUCUGUGGAAGGAAGCACAGCAUCAUCAUUGACCUAUUUAAACAGGAAAAUGGAAGAUUUGAGAACAUACCAAACUUAUUUCUUGCAUCUAAUUUUUAGACAGGUAAAUAUUAGUAUGUUUUUAGAAUACAUACUGAACAUGAGAUGCCAAGAUCUUAUCACUUUUA